AUGGUUCAGGGAAGAGGCAGUAGUGCAACAAUGCUACUAUUCUGCGCAUUGGUGCUUUGCUCUGUCAUGGCUCAUGCAACCACCUUUCAGGUUGGGGAUGCAGCUGGUUGGACCUUUAACACCGUAAAUUGGCCUGACGGAAAGACUUUCAAGCCUGGCGAUACACUUGUGUUCUCUUAUAGUCCUGCUGCGCACAACGUGGUGAAAGUGGAUGAAGCUGGUUACAAUUCAUGCACUGCUUCAGAAGGAUCAAAAACGUAUCAAUCAGGAAAUGAUACCAUCAAGCUUUGCCCGGGAAAAAGCUUUUUCAUCUGCACUUUUCCUGGUCACUGCCAAGGUGGGAUGAAAAUUGCAGUCAAUGCUGCAUGA